AGCGAAGAUGGCGGACGGCGAGAGCGAGCAGGCCCCCGAGCCUUUAACCGAGCGGCUCAGGAGAGUCCAGGCCGAGCUGCGGAGGCGAGGCCUGUCCGAGGAGUCCUCGGCGCAGUACUGCCAGCGUUUCUGCGAGAUCUUGGUACAAUAUGGUGAGAAGUGCAAAGCUUCUGAGGAGCUCCUGCCUUUAUUGGAGGUCUAUCGGAUUUCUAUCCAGAGCUACACAAGCGCAAGGCCUUACCUGACCAUGGAGUGUGCUCAUAUUAAUUUUGUACUUAAUCGAUUAGCAGUGAGUUGUUUUGAGCUACUACUGUCACUAUCUGAAAAAGAGGUUCCACAAGAAGUAUGGCAGAGGCUGCAACAGACAUUGCAGGAUUCUCACGUUGCAUUGCUGGAAUUUGGGCACAAUGAACUGCAGGCGCUUGUUGCUAUCAGUAGAGAGGGUGGUGCUUGGAAAAAUCCAGUCCUACAAUGCAUUCUUUCCAAGCAGCCAGCAGAGACUGAUGAAGUAAACAAUUACUUGAUCCAAGAGGGGCCUGCAUUCCUUGAGAUACGCAUUAAACAUCUGAUGAAAAUAGAUCGCAAGUUUGAUGCAACACUGCUAGCAAAGUGUUGUGCAGAAAACUCAGAAAUUAACAGCAAAGGUGCUUUUCGACAAAUCUACCUCACUUGCCUCUGCACUAUGGGACCCAAUGAGGAUGCAGCAAAAGAGAUUGCACGUGUUGAUUGCAAGGAAGUACUGGAUAUUAUUUGUAAUUUGGAGUCUGAUGGCCAGGAUAACGCUGCCUUUGUCCUAUGUACAACGUUCCUUACUCAUCAACUGCAGCAGGAAAGCGUCUAUUGCUCUUGGGAACUCACUCUGUUUUGGAGCAAGUUGCAGCGGAGAAUGGAUCCCUCUUUGGAUUCCUUCCUAGAGCGCUGUCGGCAGCUUGGUAUUAUUGCAAGAACAGUGUACCACAUAUUCUUCCUAAUAAAAGUUAUCCAAUCUGAAGCAGAAGGAGCUGGUCUCCCCAUUUCUAUUGAACUGUGUGUAGGAGCCCUUCGUAUUCAGUCUAAUGAAAAUGCAGAGAUGAAGAUUUCCAUUUGUAAAACCAUUGCAUGCUUGAUGCCAGAUGACCUUGAAGUCAGACGUGCUUGUCAACUCACUCAGUUCCUGCUGGAACCCACAGUGGAUGCUUACCGUGAAGUGGAAAAGCUGUAUAAGCAGCCUGAUCAAAAAUAUGAUGAGGAAAAUGGCCCCAUCCCCAAUUCGUUACACUGUGAACUUUUGUUGGUUUUAAAAUCCCACUGGCCUUUUGAUCCAGAGUUUUGGGAUUGGAAAACUCUAAAACGUCAUUGUCGGGGGCAUCUGGGAGACCAGGCUGGUGCUAUUUCAGAAGAUGAACUCAGUGAAGAUGAAUUGGAUGGUAAUGAACUCUUUGAUCAGAUGAGCAAAAUCCCAGAGACAAUGAAUGACGGAAGAGAGAAAGAUGGAGAAAGUCUUAAAAAGAAAGAAAAGGUGAUGUCUGAAAGAUAUUAUAGAUGGCUUCAAAAUAUGUUCUUCUGUGUGCUGUGCAAGAAAGAUUACGUUGUGGCUAGAAUUGUACAUCAUGCAAAGACUCACAUUAGAGAUGGAAUAUUUUCCUGCCCUGUUUGUGCAAAGAAGUUUAAGAAAAAGGAGCAGUUUACCCCACACGUAAAGGAACACAUAAAGAAACCGAAGAGAGAGAAAAAACAGAAAAAAAAACCAGAAUCGGCUGAAAAGUCUAUGCUCCCUGCAUUAAAUGUGAGUCCACCUCCUAAGCAACAACUUCCUGUCGACGAAGUGAAAGGAUUGGUUAAAAAAGAGGUUGAGGAAAAUGACUAUAUAAUCUUCAGCGGAACUGACUCAGUGGAGGAAGGACAAGGUGAUAUGUCCAAACCUGAAGUGGAUGAAACUGCUGUAUCACAGUGGACAGAAAGUUAUCCGUGCCCAGGAACAGAUUGCUUGAGGUCAUUUAAAUACUAUAAAAAUCUCACGGCACAUUUGAAAAAUGAUCACUUGGACAAUGAUGAAAAUGUAAAGCACUUCCUUGAAAUGAAUAACAGGAAGGCACUGUGUAAAUACUGCCGGCGCCAUUUUGUCAGUGACUACCAUCUUAAAGCCCAUUUAAAGGUACACUCGGGGUUGCAGCCUUAUAUUUGCAUUCAAAUGGACUGCAAUGCAAGCUUUCAGGCCUUUGCUGAUCUCGUGAAACACAGGAAACAGCAUAAAGAAUUCCGAUCCAAAUGUACAUUUAAAGGUUGUAACAAGGUUUUCAGUGGAUCUUGCUUGUUGUAUCACCAUGAAGCUCAGCAUUACCGGGAAGCAGCCUAUUCCUGCAAUUUAUCUGGCUGUAAGAAAUUCUACUUUUCAAAAAGCGAAUUUCAAAAUCACCUGCAAACACAUGGUAUAACAAAACUGGAAGAUUUUGAGGCCAAAUUUCUGAAGAAAGAGAGUGACACCACAGAAGGUCUGGUCGAUGAUGGUCCUAAACUUGUGACAGCAGAGGAGAAACUUUGUCCCAACAGUUCCACAGAAAAUGCAAAUGAGAAGUUGAAUGAAAUUGCAGAAAGAUCUUCACAAAGUUGCAGCUAUUCUCUGCCCCAAGAUAUGGUAAAAAGGGAAAACGAAGCACAGUACAGUCCAGGUGGCUCUUAUUACCCAGCAGUACAAGGUACUGAUAUUGCAGAUUCAAGUUUUGUCAGUAAGAACCAACCUGGAAAUAGCAAUCUGCAGAAUGUUUAUACUGAAAAUCUGCUUGUACCCUUAGAAAAGUUGGCAUCGUUUAAAGAGCUAAGUGACAUUGAGGAUAUGAUGAAAGCGGCUACCCUUCAUCCAGAAAUUAACAGGAGCCUGGCUAAGCACAAAAUCACAACAGGGGCUGGAGGUAACUUGACCACCUUAAAUAAGCUUGCUUGUGGGAUAGAUGGCUGUAUUAUGAUGUAUGCCUUGACAAAGGAUCUGAAGAAACACAUUAAAGUGGCUCAUCCAAACUACUACAAGGCUAAGAAACGAAUUGAUAAACACAGUAGAGAGGCGCUGAAAGGUUCUGCACCGAAUCAAGUCAAAGUUAAAACUGAAACAGGGCAACAGGCACCGCUGCAGUCAUCAUUGCAGGGACAAGAAGGCGAGUCAGUACUGCCUGCAAUUGAUGAACUUUGUGGAAAUAAAAAUGUGUUGCUCAAAACUCAGAGAGCCAAGAAGCCCAAGAACAACAGAAAUGCCAAGUGGCCUGCUAUUUUUAAGGAUAAUAAGUUUGUAUGCUCUAGGUGCUUCAAGGAGUUUUCGAACCCUAAAUCACUUGGUGGCCAUCUGGCUCGCAAAAUAAAAUGCCCGUUACUCGCUGAGAAUAGUACAGAGACCACUCCUGUGAAGAGGUAUGAAGGCCAGCCUCCAAAUGGUGCCGGUUGUGCUCCUGUAGUGCCAACACUGGAAGAACUUGUAAGGGCUCUGCAGAAGCUUCAGUUGGAUAAAUCUGAAGCAUUUAGAAAUGAUGUGAUGGUGUGUGCUUCCACUUUAUCAUCGCCACCUUCGUCAAAGCCUCCUCCUACAUCGAUCCCUACCAGCGAUGCUUCUGUUUCCACACCUUCAGGUAAUGAUUCCCAAUUGCAGCCACAUUCUCAUGAGCUCUUCCAAAGUGAUUCAUCUAAAGAGGACUCUGGAAUCAUUAAGCCAUUCGUCUGUGACCAUGAAGGAUGUGCCUUUAAGGCAAUGACCAAAGAUGGCCUCAUCAACCAUUAUGUUAAAACUCACAAGUACUCUAAGGAGAAGGUUCUUCAGUUAAGCAGGUUUCAACUCAGGUUUGCACCAUUCAAAUGCCACAUCUGCCUAAGAACAUUUACAAGAAAAACAAAUCUUAGAACUCACUAUAAACAAAUGCAUAGGUUCAGUAAAGAGGACAUGCAGAAAGGAAAGUUUUCCUACAUUAACUGUGUUUCUGUUCCUAGCAAUACAAAUCCACAGCUGAAUGUGCCAAAUAUCCUAAUUAAAACUGAGAAUGACAGUCCACACCUGCCUGAAGAUAAUUUGAGCAGUACUCAGAAUGUCACUGAAAGGUUGAGUUUGUCUGAGAAUGCUGGGCCUAUUAAGACAGAAGAGGGUUGCCUUUACCCAGUGAGUGUUUCCUACCAGGCAAAAAGCUUUAAUUUAUUUGGGGAUGAUGAACAUGCACACCUUGGCGCAGUGAGUGGAAGUUGGCGCCAAACUGGGAGUGAUUCAGAGAAUACAAUGAAUGAGUCCUUCACUACUGAAAGAGAAUGUUCUGAAUCCACAGAAUCUUUAAAAUCUGAGGAGAUGCGUUUGAACGGCAGCAUGGAAUCUAGUAUGAUGCCAGAUAGUGCAGACGAUUCAGAAUCCAAGGAAGAAGGUCGAGGGAGCAGAAGAAUUGGUGCUAAAAGUAACUUGUGCUACAUCUUGAAUAAAUACCACAAACCUUAUCACUGCAUUCAUAAGGGCUGUUCUGCGGCUUUCACUGGCCAGCCGAAUUUGAUACGUCAUUACCAGACCGUACAUCAGUACAACCGGGAACAAAUGUGUUUAGAAGAAGAUCAAGGGAAUGCCAAGAAAGAUAAUACCAAAGUGAAGAAAAUCUUCAAAUGCAAAUUUGAAGGUUGCACCAAACGCUUCCAAUAUCCUAGAGUGCUUCUGAGACACUACAGUGAAAUUCACAAGCUUGCAGGUAGUGAAACUGGAAAGUAUGCUUGUAAUCAGCCAGACUGUCUAGCUUCCUUUAAUGUAUAUAGCAACCUUAGACGGCACCUGCAACAAGCUCAUGAGAUUAAUCUUGAAGUCAAAAGAGAGGCCCCAGGUGACUUACAAUUUAAGUGCAGUAUAGAUGGUUGCAGCCGCACUUACACCAUCCGCUCCAGCUACCUGCGCCAUGUCCAAAGACAGCACAAAGCCCACUAUAAGUCAAUAUUACUGAGGCCGCGCAAGAACUUUCAGUAUGAUUAUAAGCCUGACUUGGAAAGAUGUGACCACAGCCAUCUUAUUGAUGGGGCCACACGCAGCUCUCCUCCUACGGUUAAACCUGAUAAACUAUUUGGGCAGGAACAUCUCACUGACGAAGACAGCUGUGGCUCAGCACUAAUGAGUGAGCCUAAUUUGGAACGAAUCAAUGUAGAGCGUCUUACUGAUGAAGGCAGCAGUGAUUCUGAAUCCGAGGUUGAUCCUGAUUAUGAAAGAUACCAGAAACACCUUGGCUCAUACAGUCCAGUGCUAAAGCUUGAGUCUAACUGUGAAAGCCACAAUAGUGGGGACCUUGAAGGCAAAACAUACAGAAAGGCGUCAGAAUUGGAGUCUGAUUUAGAAAAGGGUGUUACUGAACAUCAUUCUGAUGACACAAAUGACUCUGUACCACAAGAAGACGACUCUGAGAGAAAUGAAUCUUGUAUGGCCUUGGAUGGUUCCCUUGUGGAUGACUCUGAAAAGGAUCCAAGAAAAUCGGGCAGAUGUCGUGAUUUCUUGCUGAAGAGUACAGACCAUGGAUUUGCAAUGUGCAAAGUGGAGGUUUUGAGGGAUCAGUUUCCAUGCAUGGUUGAUGACUGUCAAACAGUUGUCCUGAGUCGUCGCAGUGUUUUGAGACACUACAAAAUACAACACAAAAUGACCGCUAAAUAUAUCGAGCAGAACUUGGACGCUCUCCUAGUGUGCAAGAAAUACUCUGACCCAUCGCACAGUGAAAAAUUGGCAUCUGAUUCACCAAAGCUUCCCAAAAAAGUGAUCUCUGAGCAAACCGAGGAAACCCCGGGUUGCAGUGUUCUUAGGCAACAAAAUGGAGAAACACCUUUGAAAACGGAGUUUAAAGUUGACCCUGAGCAAAUUGGAACAGGACAACAGUUGCAUAACUGCAGUGUGGGAAAUGGAAAUAAUGCUAUUUCCGGUAGUGGAAGUGUUCUGUUUCCUGGGAAAACUGUAAGUAGCAAUUCUGCCACAGGGAUGUCAAAUAGAGGUCCAGGCUUCAAAGAAAAUGAUGCAAAUCAAGCUUUUCUACCUAAAAAUGGAGGGGUAAUCACAAAUUUAGCAAAGCAAAGUGUGAGCCAGAAUGGUUCACUUUUCCCUAAAUUAAAGCAGCCUUUGAAAAGAAAACCUGAAAUGGAGGGACAGUCACAGAGAACAAAUUCCACUUUGACACAGGGCUCACUCUUUGGCACCAAAGAUGGCCAACAGAGCCAGAAUGGUCAGCAGAAACCAUUUGACUUAACCACAUACAAACCUAUAGGCUUUGAAGCCUCAUUUCUGAAGUUUAUUCAAGAAAGUGAAGACACUGAGAAUGAUGUUGAUGAAAUGUGGCAUUGGGAACCACCUAAACGCUGCAAAAAGUAUACUUCACAAAAGAGGGAGUCAGCAGUUAACACUGGAUCGAAAGAAUCAACAAUGGAAAACUAUAAAGAGUACAGUGCAGACUGUGAUAAAAAUGACUCUGUGCAUAACAGUUUUCCAGCAAUUGAGCCUCUAAUUUCACCGGGGCCAUCUCCAUCUUUGGAGAACUUACGAACAAUAUUGGAUAAGGCACUCACAGACUGUGGAGACCUUGCCUUAAAGCAGCUUCACUUCCUUCGCCCAGUAGUUGUCCUUGAAAGGUCUGAGUUUUCCACCCCCCUACUAGAACUGUUUCCAACAAAAAAGAGUGACGAACUCUGUGUGGGAAGUUCAUAGAACUAUGUGUAUCUAUUUUGCAAACUGAAAUCACUAUACUGUAACCUAUAUAGAGUGGUGAAAGCAGUGCUGCAGAGAAUAAAAAGUGAAUACACCUGGAACUUCCGUUUGGGAAACAAAACCUUGGUUUGUUCUGGUUUUUGUGCAUGAUUGUGUGUGUGUAUAUGGAACAAGUAUUAGGGUACUUAUCGGGGAUUAGUAGUUCUUACUAAAAGAACUUGACUUGAAUGUGCACGUACUGGUGCUCUUCUGUAAUAUAUUGUACACUACAUCUCCUUUAUGUAUGGGUUUUGAGAUAGUACACACUGUCAAUUAAAUGGCAAUUUUUCACAAAAACAUUGUACUGAUGGAUUUGUACUAUGUAUUGAUGCUUUUGGGGAAAAACACGUUGGUCGCCCAAUUGAUUUCUGGGGAUCAAUAUAGUCUUGACAGUUAUCAAUAAAGAAAAGAUAUUUCUUAUGCUGCAACAGAGCUUUGGCUACCCAAAUUUUAAGUUAAACCUAUAGUUUACUCUGAAAUUUUAUUGCAAUGAUGUAGAAAAUAAUCUAUAAACUAGAACAAAUAGUGUGGCUAACUUUAUUUUUUGUAGAUUUCCACCUGUUUCACUUUUACAAGACUUUCUACACAAAAGUUGACUCGAAUCUGACCCGAAAUGGGCUCCAAAGCUUUAUUGCUGUAAAUGGAAUUCUCCCUUUAGCUUA